AUGCCAGGGCUUAUUAACCGACACAACAAUCUCAAUCUGCCAUUAAAAGCAUCUGAAGUCACAUCUUGUAUGAUAGGCUACAGCCUGGGAAUGUCAGCAUCUUUAGUUUAUACCAACAUGGAUGAUCAUCCUGUUGAAGCUUUAUUUAUUUAUCCCUUGGAUGAAUUCACUACUGUGAUUGGAUUUGAAGCAAUGAUUUCUGGGCGCAUUAUAACAAUGCAUAUAAAGGACAAAGCUAAAAUAGAUAAUUGUAAUUUUGACUGUUGUAACAGCUCAUCCAGAUCUUUCCAGAAAUGCCAAGAUCACUUUAUUCUUGACGAAGAUUUAGAACGCACAUUAUUUACUGUGAACUUCGGCAUCAUCCCACCACUUGAAACAGUAACUGUGCUGAUUAAUACUUCCUUGGAGCUGCAAACUCUGCCCAAUGGGACAGUUAGGCUACAACUUCCAUCCUUGUAUGUCCCCAGGGUGACUUCUUCUAGGACUGAUGAACAGAGUUCAACUGAAAAUGAGCUCAAAAGCAAAGAUAGAUUUCGAAGUGGCUUCACCCCUCAGCACCAAAGUGGGAACUCGUUGGUAAAACACUUGGACAAUGAGGUCACCAAUCCUACUACAUAUGACUUUAGUUUCAAGCUUGAAAUCAGAGCACCCUGCUUGCUGGCAGGUGUGGAAAGUCCAACUCACUCAAUCCGAGCUGACGCAGACCCCUCAGCAUUUUGUGCUUCCAGUGUGAUGAUUACAUUGGCAGAGGAACAUACCUUUGACAGACCGGUGGAAAUCAUCAUACACCCGAGUGAACCUCAUAUGCCACAUAUCUUAAUAGAAAGUGGUGACAUGACACCAGAUGAGUACGAGCAAUUCUUGAAAGGAAGAAAUGAUUUCAUUAAAGGAACCAGGAAGGAUCCCAGUUCAGAAAAAAAGUCUGAGAUCAUUAGAAAACGCCUCAACAAAGAUAUUGGGCACAAUCCUGUCAUCAUGUUGAAUUUCUGUCCUGAUUUGAAGACUGUUUCCCCAGAUUUAAGGAUGGCACAGGGCGAGUUCAUUUUUCUAAUAGACUGUAGUGGAAGCAUGAGUGGAGUGAAUAUCAGCUGUGCCAAGGAUGCGAUGCUGGUAGUCUUGAAGAGUCUCAUGUCCUCAUGUCUCUUUAAUAUAAUUGGAUUUGGUUCCACUUUUCGGACCUUGUUCCCAGCUAGCAGGUCUUACAAUGAAGAGACACUGGCUGUAGGCUGUGACUAUAUCAGGAAACUCCGGGCUGACAUGGGUGGAACAAAUUUACUGGCACCUCUGAAUUGGAUCUUCCGCCAACCGAUUCAGAGAGAGCACCCACGGCUGCUGUUUAUCCUGACGGAUGGCUCUGUCAGUAACACUGGGCGAGUGAUAGAGUUAAUCCGGAAUCAUGCACGUACAAGCAGGUGCUAUACUUUUGGAAUUGGGCAGAGUACUUGCAGAAGGUUGGUUCAGGGAUUAGCCUCUGCUUCCAAAGGAGCAGCAGAAUUUCUCGCAGAAGGGGAAAGGUUACAGCCAAAGAUGAUAAAAUCACUGAAGAAAGCAAUGGCCCCUGUUCUCAGUGAUAUCACCAUUGAGUGGUUCUUUCCUGCAACAACUGAGGUACUCCUUUCACCAGUGGAACCAACUUUCUUAUACCCUGGAGACAGACUAAUUGGAUAUUGCGUAAUGUGUGAUACAUCAAGGUAUCAUGCUAAUCUCAAAUCAGACAAACAGCGUAGGUACAGCAUGAUGUGGUCUCAGGAAUCCAACAGUUCUGUGUUUUACCAUUCUCAAGAAGAGGAGUCCAGCCGGAUAAACUCUGAAAAUUUGAGCAGCUGUAGAGAUUCCGUAGUGGAUUCUAUAAAUGACCAAUCUCAAGAUGUGAUGUCUACUAAUGAAGGCCAAGAAAAUGAAGGUAUUGAAUCAAAAUUGUCUCCCAGAAGAAGAGCAUUCAGUACAAAUCACACAAUCAGAAAUGAUACCUCGAAGAGAAUGUUCACCCCGAGUGACCCGUCUUCAGCAUUUGAUAAACAUCCUCUCCGGAGAGCAAGAGCGCAGCAGCUUGUUGGUUGUAGCAGCCCAGAAAGUGUCUGUCCUUGGCAAAGGCAAUUUCAGAUAAAUGUAGUGGGCUCCUGCACAAGUGCCACAAGGUCAAGGCUUGUUGGAAAAAGGAGACCAUCUUUACUGCAUCAGAACUGUGUUUCAAGUAGCCAAGAUUCAGAUGUACAGUCGAGUCCGCAGAAGUUAGCCACGGGGGAUUACAUAGUGCACAGUGAUGGUAGCAUCAACACCAGGUCAUCCAUAGAGAGUUCUUUGACUGGCAACUGUUCAGAAUCUGGCCAGCUUCACCAUCUGUCUUCAACUCUUGACACUGAAUCAGUCCUUGAAGACCAGAAUGUGUCAGUGAUGGAAAACUUAACCAAUAGCUGCAAAGCACUCAUUUCAGGGCUAUUGUGUGGUGAAAUUAUUCAAUGGGAAGUUGGAUUUGAUCUUCAAUCCUAUCUUCAGCGCACAGCCAAUAGUAAUGUGGAAGAUCUGUGGAGUGAAACAAUCCAUCACUUGGCAGCUAAGUCUAUCAUCAGAGAUUUUGAACAAAUGGCUGAAAGAGAAUGUGAAAUUGAAUAUGGUUCUGGAAGGAGAUACCAACUGAAUGCGAUUCACACUAGCAAGGCGUGCAAUAUCAUUAGCAAGUAUACAGCUUUGGUACCAAUGUAUCUGGACAACAAUGAAUAUCUGCCAAAUAUUAUAGCAUGUUCAAACACAGGUACUGUUGGAAAGGUUUCUUCCCAGCUACCGUCACACUCUGGAAGCUGCAGGCAUAGAGAUUACUCGAUUGGUCUUGGCCGUUCUCAAUCUGAAUACGAAGCUGAUGGAGUUGACGAUGGCUUUUCCACUUUAUCAAUGGAGAACAGUAGUCAAUCCCCUUGUAGUAGCUCACCCUCUUCAGGAUGGGAGAGAUACAGCUUCACCGAUGCAUCAGUGAGAAGCCCUUCAGUUUCAUCGCAACGUUCUGCAGAAAGCCUAUUUACUACGAGGUUGAACCUUGGUAAAACCCGAAUAUUGACUCAAGCUGCAAAAGGGUUUCUGUGCAGAUCAGCCAGUAAGGUGAGCGAGUCUGCCUGUGAGCCAGAGACUGACAACAAUGACUACCUACCACUGAUUAAUUUGCAGUUGGCAUCGGGAGCUUUCUUGCUUAAUCUGGCUUUUUGUGAAGCCAUUAAUAUUCCCAUGGAGCAGCUGAAAUGGACCUCACCCUUUACAUGUCAUCGAUCAAACACCAGUCCCGGCUCUCGUGGUCAUUGCAGUACUUUCCAUGAUAAAAGAGCAGUGCAGCGUGAUGGAGAGAAUGGAACCAGAGAAGCUUUCCGUCAGAAAGAAACUGGGAAACUGGCAGCAUUGAAUUAUUUGGGAUUGGAGGAAUGCCGAGGUGGUUUAGAACAGUUAGGACCGCGUCACUUUUCAAGCAGUUUAGUUGAAAUCCAAUCCAAGGUUAUGAGUGGCAGUCCCGACCUUCUCCCUCCAACUGUAAUUGUGCGGCGAUUCUCAUCUCCAGGAAAUCCUGAGGCAUCUAGUGCUCUGCAGACUGACAGUGGCAGAGGGUCUGAAACAGACAGCAGUGAUAUUUCAUUCUCAACAACUUCCAUUGACCUUCAACAGUUCACGGAUCCAGAGGGAACAGUCUGGUCCACAGCUGUUGCCUUAGCCUGGUUGGAGCACAGCUCUGCUGCUUAUUUCAUUGAGUGGGAGCUGGUGGCUGCAAAGGCCAGUAUGUGGCUGGAUACACAGGUUAUACCAGAGGGUCGUGAACUGGCCACUGUAAAAGCUUCAGCCAGACAGCUAUUUGUUCUGUUAAGGCAUUGGGAUGAAAACCUGCAGCUGAAUAUGUUGUGCUACAACCCAAACAGUGUUUAA